AUGAACCUGAAGACGAGGAUGAUUACCACCCAAGGUACAGGCCGCCUCCCUUCUGUCCAGAUUGUGGAACCAGAUCGCAUCCGGGAAACUGUCGUCCCCGUUGCCAUCGCUGCGAUAGAAGACAUUUCGGAGAAAUGCGCGGACAUCGGCCAUUCGUGGCGACACUGUCGACUGCUCAUCCCCAACCACAUAUGGCGCAAGGAACAUUGUGGAUUGCACACUACAAUCCAAAAUGUGAAUAUCACUGUGCCUGUGAUUGACCCUGCGCCAACCUUUACACCAACAUCUCUGAACGCAGCAAUCCUCUCCCAGCUGGACAUAGCCCUCCAUGGGCUCCAUCGCAAGGCAGGCGUUCCUAACCAUUCACGUGUCAUGCUGAACAAUGUUAAUAUAACCACCAAAAUCCUUGCUGCUGAGAGAAAAGCUCCUCUUGCUCCGGAUACCUCGCUAAUGGAUAGAGUCCAACGCAUUCCAACUGGACCACGAUCAAACAUUCCCAAUACUCGACCCGUUCCUACGAAGCCCGCCUUCGCCCAGGCAGCAUUUGCUCGUUGGGGCUUUUCCCAGCCUGUGUUUGGUCAAACUGCGUUUUCUCAGCCGACUUUUAUACAAAACAACUCCGUCGGCAUGACUCCAACUUGGCCCCGUCACAGCCAGCGUUCUGUGGAUUCGAAAUACUAA